UCCAACAUCCGCAAACGCACAAGCUUACCAUCUUUUCAUAGUCCGUCCGGGUGCGAGUUUUCCUUCUCUGUCCUGAGGAAGAAGAUGGCGACGCUGCGAGCAGGUGCUGCUUUGGGACUGGCCCUGAUCGGCCUCGUGUUGGCGAGCCUGAGCGGGUCUUGCCACGGUGCUCUUCAGGUCGGGUUCUACAAUGGCAAAUGUAGGGUCUCGGAUGUCGAGGCCAUCGUGGCCGGCGUCGUGGCGGCCAGGUUCAGCAAGGACCCCACCGUCGCCCCCGCUCUCCUCCGCAUGCAGUUUCAUGAUUGCUUCGUCACUGGCUGCGACGCCUCCAUUCUUCUGGACGGAAAAUCGAGCGAGAAGACUGCGCCGCCAAAUUUGAGUGUCAAGGGCUAUGAUGUCAUUGACUCCGCAAAGGCUGCCGUGGAGGCCAUAUGCCCCGGGGUUGUUUCCUGCGCCGAUAUCAUUGUCAUGGCAACUAGAGAUGCCGUGUCCCUGAGCGGAGGAGGUCGGUACAGGGUAGAAACGGGACGGAAAGACGGGCUCGUAUCGCUCGCGUCCAACGUCGAUCUCCCCCCUCCCUCCAUCUCCGUCAAUGACUCCAUCGCGGCAUUCGCUCAAAAAGGACUCACCGUUUCCGACAUGGUCCUUCUUCUAGGUGGCCACACGAUCGGCAUUGCUCACUGCUCGCUCUUCCAAGACCGGCUUUACAAUUACCAGAAUACCGGGAAACCUGACCCGACCAUGGACCCUUCCUUGGCUUCCGCCCUAAGGUCGACGUGCCCUAACAAGCAGACUAACGUCGACAACAUUGUCAAUCUCGACCAGGAUCCUCUGAGCUCAUCGAUCGUCGACAACUCCUUCUACAAGCAGAUACUCGCCCGUAGAGGGAUUCUGCAGAUCGAUCAGGAGAUCGCGCUGGACAGGCAGACCAAGGACAUUGUGGGAGCGAUCGCCGGCAGACUUGACUUCUCGACUAGGUUUGGCGAAGCCAUGGUUAAGUUGGGCACACUCCAGAAUGGCGCUCCUGGGGAGAUAAGGCAAUCCUGCAGAGCUAUCAAUACGGCUCGUAAGCUGCCUACUUCCAAAGAUAAGCAGAGGAUGGGCCGGACAGGGUGGACGCGGUGGAGCGGUGACCCGAGAGCCCUUUCGAUUCAGAAGCGUGGCUCUUCAGACUGAAUUCAAGACUUGCUAUGAUGGUCUUGCUAUCUUGUUCUCUGAUAUCGUUUGAUUUUACACUGCCGGCUUUUGUGUUUCUCGUAUUUCAUUUGAGAAUUUUAUGCCUUGUGGUAUCAACUAAUAAAAUUGAAUAUCGAAUUUUUAUAUGAGUCUCAAA